AUGACUGCCGAAACACAGCAAACGGAUGUCCAAAAGACUGAUGCCAUCAGAGAAGUUGAUGAGCUCGAGUUUUCGCCACACAAGAACGAGACUGAACUGCCUCAUGUCGACGAAGCAUGGCGUGCUCGUGAACGUCGUCUUGUGAGGAAACUAGACAUGACUCUCAUGCCCACCAUCUGGGUUUUAUAUUUGUUCAACUACCUGGACCGGAACAAUAUUGCGUACGAUUUCCAGCUACUCAGCAGCAUGCCAGCUAACAAAGUCAAUAGCCAAGCAAAACUGAACAACUUCGAAGACGAUUUGGGCCUCGUUGGAGAGGAAUUUAGCGUUGCUGUUUCCAUUCUCAAUGUCGGCUAUAUGCUCAUGCAGCUGCCAAGUAACAUGAUUCUCACAAAAGUUCGGCCCUCUCUCUACAUGCCAUUCUGGGUAUGUGUUUGGUCCUGCGUGUCAGCUGCCACUGCUGGAGUCCAUAACUUUACCGGCCUUAUCGCGGUGAGAUUCUUUCUUGGAGUCGCGGAAGCACCCUUUUUCCCUGGCGCAUUUUUCCUCUUAUCCUGUUGGUAUACCAAGAAGGAACUGGCACUGCGAACAGCGAUUCUUUACUCUGGCCUCGUUCUUGCGACGGCCAUUUCCGGUCUUCUUGCUGCAGGUGUAUUUGCCGGCCUCGAUCGCGUCCAUGGCAUUGCUGGAUGGAGAUGGCUCUUCAUGCUUGAAGGUGGUGUCAGUUUCCUAGCUGGUGCUGUCGCAUUCUUCCUCUUGCCUGACUUUCCAGGCUCAUCGACCGGGUCGGCUAGGUGGCUCCUGACCGAGGAGGAGAGAGCUUUUGCAAAGGACCGAAUCAUUCGCGACCAAGUCUCAAACCAGGAAUCCGACCACUCCAUCCUGUAUGGCCUCAAGCUUGCCGUGAAGGAUUUCAGAGUGUGGGCAUUCGCUCUCAUCCUCUGCAGCAAUCAUACUGCUUAUGGUUUCAACAACUUUUACCCGGCGAUAGUCCGUGGAUUCAACCUCGGGUCGAGAACGAUUACGCUGUUGUGCACAGCACCGCCUUACCUUAUCGGAGCAGCAAUCUCGUUCGGCAUUGCCUAUUCGAGUGACCGAAAUCGCGAACGCGGCUGGCAUAUCUCAGUGCCUAUGGCAGUCGCAACUGUUGGAUUUGCCAUCUCAGUUGGCACUCUGAAUGUCGGGGCCCGCUACUUUGCCUCCUUCUUGUACAUUUCCGGCUGCUUUGCCGCGAACGCUAUGGUCUACACAUGGGCAGCGUCGGCCGUGAGUCAGACACCUGAGAAGCGCGCCUGUGCCACAGCCAUAAUCAACGUCAUCGGGCAACUCGGCAAUAUCUGGAGUCCUUAUUUCUUUCGCUCACACGACGCCCCACGGUAUGUGCUUGCCAUGAUUCUGAUGAUGGCCUUUUCUGGUAUUAGUAUCGCAGGCUGUGUCCUCAUGAAGGCAGUUCUGCGAAGGGAUAACCAGAAGCUUAUAGCACGUCACAGUGGCACCCACGAGACCCUUACUCUCCAUACAUUGUAG